CCGUAGUGAGUCACAAACGAAACUUUGCGAAGGGCGGACGCGCAGAUCGCGGCAUAGCGAAGCACCUUCGACCUGGGCGAGCAGCAAAAACAAAGUCAUCCUUCUUGCACGCAGCAACUCACCAGGCUCAGGCCGUCCGCCCUGCACUGGCCAUUUCGACGCGGUGUUUGUACGCACGAACAAAGCGUGUUCUGCGCUCGGCGCGUCGUCGCUUACAUCGCCACCUUCACUGCCUCAACGCACACCGCACCGCCUCGCGCCCUUCGCGACCUCAUCCGCUUCACCUACUUAUUCAACAUACAGCAAUGGAGGACCCUUCCCAGCACGACUGCCCUGACAUGCUCGCGUCCGGCUCGACUGUCCAGCACUUGCCAACCCGUGCCAACUUUCGAGCAGUCCCGGCUGACCAACAAGAAAAGAAGUGCUUUUAUUGCCGACAGGACCGACAGAAGUGUGAGUGGGUGAAGGAUCAGAAAAGGUGUCAACGUUGUGAGAAUCUAAAGUACACGUGCUCGCUGGACACUAUUCCUGCCUCGGCAGACUCUUCUCGACGCGUCCUUCGCUUUGCGAAAUGCUCCUAUUGUCGACAGGCAAGGCAAAAGUGUCUACCCGUCGAUCGCAUCUGGCCUGCUCACUGCGACAGGUGUGUGGCCAAGGGCCUUCCGUGCACGGCGCCUCUUACGAAGCACGCCGAGUCUCGUCAACCUGCCCUGAAUCAGACCACGAUGUCGGCGCCGGAAAAGGCGCCGUUUCUCCUCGCGGCUGACCAUGCAAAGCAUUCAGGUACCUCUUCAAAGCGGCAGAAGCUCGACCUGACCGGAACGUACGCAGCGACUGUCCGUCCUGAGCAAAAGGAACAGGAUGGGCCCGAGUUUCGCUAUGAGCCGCUCAAAAAGGGUGAGUUUCGCAUUCUUGAGUUACACCGCGGCACGAAAGACGAGGAGAUCGUGUGCGAGCUGCGUGUGUGGAACCCAAACAUCCAGUAUGACACCGUGUCGUACUUGCGUUCCUUUGAGGAUCAAAUCCCCUUGACGGUUCUUUCUCCCAUUGAGAACCCCAAAAAGUUCAUAAUGCCCAAUCUUUACGCAGCCUUGAAAUAUCUGCGCUUCGAAGAUAAGUCGAGGUAUCUCUGGAUCAACGCGCUCUGCAUCGAUCACAGCAGUGUGGACGAGAGAAGCGAGCAUGUCCACGUCAUUCGCAGGAUCUUUGGCCAGGCGAAAAACGUUUACCUCUGGCUUGGAGAGCCGGACGGCUCCACGAAUGGUGACAUACGUACCGCAAUUGAUUUUGCCAACGAACUUGUGAAUCCAGGCGUCUUCGACCGCGCCGUGCGAGAUGUCGAACGCGUGGCGCAAUGGAAUGCAAUUUUGAAUCUGCUUCGUCAAUCCCUAUUUGAACGACGUUGGGUUGCGCUAGAAGUUGUCAUAGCCGGUAAAGCAACGAUACUUUACGGCGACGGCAAGAUAGACUGGCCCAACUUUGUCGACAUUGCCACAAUGUUCGAACGUGCUGAGGGCCAGGACCAAGCUAUAACCCGUCUAUUCACCCAAGCAUCGCUUGAGAAUUUGCCCACCAUUGGCGACGCGCGAAAUCUCAGCGCGUGUCGGUUUAUCAACUUAAUCGCCAACAUCUCCGAGCAGUCGAAGAAAAACGUCCUUAGCUUGGAGAAUUUGGUACACGAGUUAGCUUCUUUCAAAAGCUGGGAUGUCCGUGAUGCCAUCUACGCCUGUGUCCCUCUCGCACACGACUUCCGCGAUUGGAGAAUUCUCAGUCGCGAGGAGAUUCAAAAGGUUCGAAAGGCAGCCAAUAAGUUCCUGGGCUUGUUUCGUCGAAAGGUACGUCUUCGCGAGAAGCCAGUGGUGAUACACUCAAGCAAUCCAGAACGUGGCUUGAAUGGAUACUACUCGUCCCUCUGGACUGAGACCACGGAUCUUGAUGCAAAGCGUGAAAUUGACACCUUUUUAAGCCGGAGAAACCAGGAUCUGAUUCCUUACAAUGUUGACUAUCGCAUGCCGGUGCUUUUCACUUACAGAGAGUUCAUCACGCACGUCUUGAGGACAAGCAAAUCGCUAGGAAUACUCUGCCGGCCCUGGGCCCCAAAGAAAAGGGUCUUGGCAGGGAACAUUGACGGUAAAGUGCCAUCCUGGAUAGCAACGCUGGAUCGAGCAGCGUUUGACUCGGAUCGCAACGUCGCAAGCUACGUGCGUGUCAAUGCAGAUCCACUCGUCGGAGCGCCGGGCAAAGAGCCGUACAAUGCCUCGUUAGGCUUACCUGCGUCUUGGACAUUCCCUAUCACUCAAGUAGGUCAACCAAUGAAGCUCUACGUCGACGGGUUCGUUUUGACCAAGAUCUCCGAGACUAGAUCGGAGGCCGUCGGUGGCAAUAUUUCCGUCAAGUGGCUGGAAUUUGCCGGUUGGGAUCCGGGCAGCUUGAAGAUCGAGACGAAGGAGACACAUAUGUACGAAUGGGAAGAGCAGAUGUCGAAGGGAGACCAAAAACCUGAUUUAGAUGAUCAAUGUCUUCCUGACAGCCUCUGGCGUACUUUGGUUGGAGAUCGUGAUCUGAAUGGAGGACGUGCACCGCUUUCCUAUAGGAGUUCUUGUCAAGCUGUUUUCGUGGAGAGCAACGAGAACUUCACCUUCAACACCGUAAAGCUUCUUGAGCAUACCAACCAUUCCAAGGACAAGGAAUUCAUCCAGCGCAUCCAAGAGGUCGUGUGGAACAGGAAGCUGAUCAGAACAGGACUGAAGACAAAGGGCGGGACAGAUCGACGUUAUCUGGGCCUCGCGCCCGAGGGUGCAGAAAGGGGCGAUCUGAUCUGCAUCUUGUACGGAUGCAGUGUACCCGUUGUGAUUCGGGAAAUGGAUGACGGCCACGAACUCAUCGGAGAGUGCUACAUCGACGGGAUGAUGGACGGGGCGGCCUUGGGCCUGCAGAUAGCGGAGAACAUACCGAAAACUACAUUUAGACUGGUUUAAGCAUACGAUAGAUGCACAUUGGUGCCACUCGGAGUAGACAAAAAAGCACAGAAGAAAAUUUUUUUUCCCCUUUAUGUGGUUGGGUUGAGAAGGCGGCGGGCAAACGGGGUCAACGAACGGAGCAGUCAUGGAAGAGUCGCGAACAAACUCGAGAGAGAUCUCCGCGCGUGUUGCAUGGAGCUCCUUCCCGGAAGGCGCGGGCGGAGGCGUGGAUCCCAGGCAUUGUUUCGCGACCUUGGACGAGUUGCCGUCGCUCUUGCAGCGCGGUCGCAGCACGAGGAACGGACUGGGCGGGAGGAAUGGAGAGAGUCAAGGUGGGCGGGGGCCGGCACAGUCUCUGAACGUGGACCUGCACGACGAAACGGCCGAGAGACUCGAGAUGCUUUGCCAGACUCGUGGCGACAUGCGUGCAUGUCAAGAGCGCAAAUCGAAAUCAGGAACGCUGAAGGGGGGUAAAGCAAGGUCUUGGCAUGGCAAACGUCUCUCUUUUACUUAUUAUGCGCACGCCUCAGCCCUCUCGGAGGGUCCUUCGUCAUCGUCUUUAUUAUCCCUCUAUUUUAUGUAUCUUGGCUCGUCCGCGUGGCCUGUACAGCGACACCGUAACAAAACAGGUACAGCACAGAGAAAGGUUCCUCGAAGCCACGAGCUUAUCUUGCUGCCACGGUAAGCUUUGUGCAAAAGUCUACAGAAGUCGAACUCAUCAUCAUGACCCGUCAUCGCUUUGCAAACUGAGGUUUUUCUUCC